UACAGGGGAAAUCUGUUUGAGAAGUAAUGUACACAUACCAGUUUUUGAAGCUGUUUCUUGUAAGUUUCCAGCUGCUAGGGGCGAAUGCAGAAUCAGGCACAAAAGAUUUCCUACAGAAAUUCAAUACUUAUAAUGAAGUGUGUCGAGGAAUGGGUUUCAAGGGAAAUAACUGUAAGGGACGUGAGAGAGCAAUAAUCUCAUUUCAUGCCCGGAUUGCAAGUGAUCUGCAAAACCUCGGAAAUAAUGCCGUAGUUGUAUUUGGAAAAGUUACAGAAAAUUCUGGAUCUGCCUAUAAUGGUCAGACAGGGAAAUUCACGGCGCCUCAGGAUGGAAUCUAUUCAUUUACAUGGACCAUUCAGUAGCUGGGAAGAUGUUUCAUACAAAUAUUGUUUUGAAUAAUUAUAGUAAUGUCGUUGCGUACAACCAUGUCGACGGAAGGAGUGGAAGUCAGACUUUCUCUUCAGGAUCCGCCACAGCCAUUAUAAAAAUGAAGAAGAAUGACCAGGUCUGGAUAAAAACGUAAAGAAAGGAAGGGGAAU